UCGUUCAAUUAUAAACUCAAAGAAAUUUCUACUAAAAUGAAACUUUUCGUGUUUGCGUUAUGUGUGUAUUUGGUUGUUGCUGAUGAUAUUCCUAUUCUUCGGCAAGUAAGUGAAGUAAAUCCUGAUGGGUCAUACAACUACGCUUAUGAAACCGGAAAUGGUAUCUCUGCUGAAGAACAAGGUUUCUUGAAGAAUGCAGGACAGCCGGAUCAAGAAGCGCAAGUGAUGCAAGGACAAUAUCAAUACCAAAGCCCGGAAGGUGAAACAAUUCGAGUGGUGUACAUCGCUGACGAGACUGGCUUCCAUCCACAAGGAGAGCAUUUGCCGACUCCACCACCUAUUCCUGCUGCUAUUCAAAGGGCUUUGGAUUAUAUCGCUGCAAACCCCAGUCGUGAGAACAAUAAAUAAAUGCAAUCAAAAUGAAACAAUAGCACCAGAUUUUUUAACUCACAAAAUAAUAAUAUUUGUUCAUCCUUUUGUAUUGUCUAGUCUAAUUUAAAUAAAUCAAUAAUUACAUCAAAA